AUGUCAUGGAAUACACCUCAGGGUGCUCUCCCAUAUGGUCAACCAAGGCCUUCCUUCCAACCUUCGCAAACUAGACCUGGUUUUCAAGCUGCCACAACUUACGCAACUAGACCGGUCGCGAGUCAACCUUUUGCGCCAGGUCAAGCGCCCCCUUAUGCAGCUACAACCGCGCGGGUUUGGACGGAGCAUACUGCCCCAGAUGGCCGCACCUAUUAUUAUAACACCGUUACUAAACAAAGUAGCUGGGACAAACCUGAGGAACUGAAAACUCCUGAAGAGUUUACCGCAGACGGUGGCCGCAAAUAUUUUUAUAACUCUAUUACUAAAGAAUCUAAGUGGGAAAUGCCUGCUGAAUACAAAGCUAAUGGAAAUAUAGUUUCACCUAAUCAACAAGAUUUUGAGCGGGCUCGUCAAUUGAGCACACCGGCAGUCAGCCCAGUUAAUACAACUCCGAUAAAUGUUUCCGCUAGACCGCUAGGAUUAGCUGGAUCCCAUAUACCAAUUGUUCCUAUUCAGCAAUCCGAGCCAGUAAAGAUCGAAUUCGAUACUAAAGAAGAAGCUGAAGCUGCAUUCCGCGAAAUGCUUAAAAAAUCUGAUUGCGUUUUGACGUUUUCUACACAGGGAGUCAAGUCCGACUGGUCUUGGGAACAAACUAUGAGAGCGACCAUUUCAAACCCAAUGUACCGUGCACUCAAGACCUUGAACGAACGUAAACAGGCGUUUGAAAGAUAUGUAGAUGACCUUAUCAAGAAAGAAGAGGAAAUUCAACGAGCUGUUCGCAAAGAAAAUAAGGAGAAAUUUAGUAAACUUUUACGGUCUCUUUCAAACAUCACCGAGGCUACUCGAUGGGUCGAAGCACAAACCAUAUACAUGAAUACCCCCGAAUAUCUACAAGACAAAUCUCUCCAAGAAAUGGAUAUGUUGGAUUUUCUGGCCGUAUAUGAGGAGCAUAUCAGAAAUUUAGAGCGAGAGACGUCAGAGAGGAAAAAGCGAGAGGGUGAAUUGCAAGCGAGACAACAGCGCAAAAAUCGAGAUGCUUACAGAGCUUUUAUGGAAGAAUUACGCCAAAAGAAUGUGGUAACCGCAAAAUCUAAAUGGAAAGAAAUAUAUCCACUCAUCAAUACGGAUGAACGAUAUCAGAAUAUACUUGGACAACAAGGUUCCAAUCCACUUGAAUUGUUCUGGGAUGUUGUUGAAGAGCUUGAUGAGAUUUUAUAUUCACACCGUAAAAUUGUGAAUGAGAUUAUGAAAUCAAAAGAUAUUUCAAUGUCUUCUGGAUUCACAUUUGAAGAAUUUCAAGAAAUUCUCAGUUCAGAUGAACGUAUUUCCUCAGUUAAUGAGAGACAACGUCGAAAAUUAGAUGCGUUUAAAUCAAUUCUCAAACAUUUUGAAUCAAUGAUUGCGCCUGAAGCUACUUGGGAACAGGUGCGACCGAUUCUGGAGAAAACCGAAGAAUUUCAAGCAGUUGGUUCAGAAGAACAACGAGUAGAAAUUUUCACCAAAUUUAUGGAAAGAGUUAAGCAUCUUGAAAAAAGCGGCGAAGACAGUGAAGAGGAAGAAGGAACGAUCAAAGAUGAAGAUCUUGAAGAGGAUCGACAUGCAUCGUCAGAUCGUAAAAAAAAGCAUAAAAGUCAUCGUUCAUAUCACCAUCGCCGGCCUCAUCACUCUGACUAUUCAGCUGACAGUGCUGAUCUUUCUGAUAAAGAGAAAGAUGGCAGUGAUAAAAGGAAACGACGAAAGUACGAGUCCAGAUAUACAGAACCCAAAUAUCAAGAGUACAACAAAUUUACUGAUCCGAAACAUGGUGAACAUAAAUCUCUGUCCCCAAAGUCAGAGAUUAUCAAGCAAACAUCCCCGAAGCCAGAAGAAUCAAUUAAAUUUCAAUCGCCUAUUCGAGAUUUUCCUCAACGAGAGGUUAGCAAACAUGCAGAUUCAAGCGCGGAAGAAGGCGAGUAU